UAUUAUUAUGGUGUCUCUCGGAUUUCAUGAAUUUCCGCGUAUUUUACGUUCUGCUUUCGAAUGAGCUGGAUACAUAAAGCGUGUGUGAAGGUCACGCUUAAAUUUUUCACGUUUUUGCAGGGAUAGUUCUAUUUUUAAAGACAAUUCAGCUCUGUCUCACCGACAGUUAUUGAAGAGGGGACGACCUUCAAUGUGAGCCUUACGGAGACUGUCGGAACUGAAACAAGAGAAAUGUUUAAAAUUCAUGUUAUACGCACCUUUUUGGUAUAAACUGACAUAUAUUAUCAUAAUUCUAAACGAGUUACGAUUACAAAAUCAAGUUUAUUAUUUAAACGGUCUGUUUUGUAAGCGCUAGUGAAAGCCGUCUCAUUUCCGAAUACCCCAGCAUAACAAGAGCGGCGCAGCGGAGGAGAUUGGGAGGAGACGACCGCCAUUAAUGACGAAGAGUGACACCUAGGUAAGCUGCCACUCAACUGUCGGUAGUGUUGUUUAGCACAGCGAGCAAUUUUUGAAAAAUAACCCACCCACGUAGCUUCGCUGCGGUAGUUGCAUGUACUGCAGACCCGGGAGCUUAUCUUCUCGUAACUGUAGCAGUAUACGCUGCAUCAGAAAAAGUGAAAUAAAGAGCGAACAUUAUUUGUAGUUUGGUAUUUAGCCUUGGCGGACUGGAAGCUGUGUACUGACAUGCGAAAGGCGCCGGCUGUGGUGUAUUUAUAGCGUGACUGCGCGUUGACGUGUGUUAUUGUUGUGCUUCUUGUUGACGUCCGUCAAUCAUUCCGAGGCGGGAUUUUCGGAUGCGUCUACCAUCAGUGACUGCAACUGGACAUUGAAAGGAUGCGCGCCCGCUGUUAGGCCGAUGGCCGGUGAGCGGAGGAGGGUGCGCUGCCCAGCUGCCUGAGCCCGCUGCCGUCUCCACAGCCGACUUGGGGCUGGUCCCGGGCGCCGAGGGACGAUGAUCGGCGCCGCGCCGCCCGCUCCGGCGCCACGCGUCCUUCUGCUCCCACCCUCACAGACGUGCGCAUGAGUGUCGCGGGAGAUGCAAGAGGGCAGCGCGAUGGUGACGCCGGGCUAUGAGCAGACGGAGAGCGGUGGAGGCGUCGCCAUGACACAGGCUGGGGGCGGCGCGCCCGCGGGCUUCGGCCCGCCCGACCAGGCGCAGUUCGAGGCGGACAAGCGCUCCGUCUACAAGCAUCCGCUGUUUCCUCUCCUGGCCUUGCUGUUUGAGCGCUGUGAACAGGCAACUCAGUCAGCUGAGUGUCCCAAUUCGGAAAGCUUUAAUAUGGAUAUCCAAGCCUUUGUACAGCACCAAGAACGGGACCGCAAACCCUUCCUUCUCAAUGACCCAGAGGUGGAUGGCCUUAUGAUUAAGGCAAUACAGGUGUUACGCAUCCAUCUCUUAGAAUUGGAGAAGGUGCAAGAGUUGUGCAAGGACUUUUGCAACCGCUAUAUUACGUGCCUCAAGGGCAAGAUGCAGAGUGAGAACCUGUUGAGGUCAGACUAUGCCAGUUAUGACAGCAAUAACCACAGUGGGAGCCACAGUGGCAGCCAUAGCAGUAGCUCAAACUCCAACAGCCCUGCUGCUGGGGGCAGCGCACCUUACCCUCCAUCCCCACAUCCUCUCCAGGUGGUGUCCUCUGCAGGGGGCGUUCAGCUCGCAGCUGCCGCUGCCGCCGGGACAGUGCUGAUGCCUCAGCACCCGCAGCACGUCGUGGCUGGUGGCGGUGGUCCAGCGACGGGCCCGGUCCCCGUUCCGGCCCAUCAACAGGCGAGUGCCGCGGCGGCAGCAGCCGCAGCAGCAGCUGCGCAGCUGGCUUACCAGAUGGUACACACGCCUCAGGGGCUCGUCGCUGCUCCAGUGCACUUGCCUCCCACUUCUGCUGUUGCAGUUCCCCCUUCGCAAGGUCCACCACUGUCACCGGGUGUUGUCCACGGUAGCACACCACUGUCUCAGAUUGGCGCCAACCCGUGUCCACCUCCGUCUGAUGCCAGUCUUCUCCAAGGUCAGCUAUCUCCCGCACCAACUACCCCUGGCUCAGUGGAUGAUGAAGAUGACUACCUGGGCAAGAAAAAACAGAAACGCGGUGUUUUGCCAAAGCAUGCGACAAGUGUCAUGAGGUCAUGGCUCUUUCAGCACUUAGUUCACCCCUACCCCACUGAAGAUGAGAAGCGUCAAAUAGCUGCACAAACCAACCUUACACUGCUCCAAGUGAACAACUGGUUUAUAAAUGCUCGGAGACGUAUUCUUCAGCCAAUGCUUGAUGCUUCUGCCCCUGGUGGGGGUGAUAGUGGUGUCAGUGGAGGUGCAAGCCAUCGUAAGGCCAAAAGUGGAGGAAGUACAGGAGCUAGUAAACAAGCAGCUGCCCAACGUUUCUGGCCUGAUAAUAUUGCAUCUCUGCAACCACAGCUCACGGAGUCUAAUGGCACUGUGCAUACAGAUUCGUCGCUGAUGAGUUCAGGUGCUUUGAGUAGUGAAGAAAGUGAUGGAGGCAGCAGCCAGGAAGAAGACGAAGAUGAUGAGGAUGCGGAUGGUGAAAUGGAGAGCUGUCACGGGGGAGCGUAUCGGGGAAGCAGAGGGGGUGUGCCGAGUGGUGCAGACCUCAAGCUGGAGUGCAGCUCGGAGGACUCUCAGCAGUCGCAGCAGCAAUGACACAUGCAGCUCGGGCUGCCCGCGGCUGCAGCCAGCCACUGAACCACACAGGGGGAGCGGGGUGGGCGAAAGGAGAAGGACGAGAGGCCACCACACAUGCAUUACAAGUGCUGGGUGACACGCGGUGGCAGUGGCAUUGCUUCUAUGUUCUGGAAUUGUAUGGAUUCAUUUGCUUGCAUAAUCUUGUUGUGGCGCCAGCAGCAGAAUUCUAUUUGGAGUACCACUCUAUGGCCAAGUCAACAUAGUGUUUUGUGCUUGAAGUUUCUGCGGUUUUAUUCUAUUCUCAAGUGCUUUUUUUUGCAUAAUUAGUCAGUCUGAUAUACAGGUAUUCUCUUAUUUAUUGCUUGAAAACAAAAAUUUGGUUGAAACUAAUAAAGAUAAUGUAGAAUAUUUACUUCACAAAAGUUAAGAAUCUGGCUUUAUUAGCAACAGACACUGUGUCCUAAUCAGCGAAAUGAAUGAAAGGAAGUACAGCAACUCAUUCCACUGUGUUACAUUGCUCCUGUUAAGUUGAUGAAUUUGUAACAUUAAUGUUUUUACUACCACUGCUCAUCUGUGGAAGAUUGUAAUAUGGUAGAUAUACUAUGUAACAAACCUCAUAGUUACAUUUUAUAGCUAUUGGUUCUCUAUGUCUCAUUUUGAGUUUAGGAAUAUCCUCACUCUCUAUCUCUCUCCCUUUCUCUCUUUUAAUCUUUCCAUAUUUGGCCUUACACUGGGAUGAUUUAAAAACCAUGACACUCCAUAAAUUGGCAUAUUCUUUGCUAAAAUCAUAUACAAUGUGUGAACUCGUCUCAAACUGGUAUCCUUAUUAUAUUGUGAAACCAGUAGUUUGGUGUGAAAUCCAAACAGCGUUUAUGGGGAUGUGACUAGGUAGAAUUGUCCAAAUUGGCCAUUAUUUUGAUGAGUAACCUCCCUAUGAUUCUCAAGGCUUUAAAGACACUAAACUUUAGUGCCUUGAGAAUGUUGGGGAGUUUACCAAACAGUAUUAGGUUAUCUGGACAAUACUGCAUGGCUCUAUUCCUGUAAACUAUUCAAACACAGUAAUUUAGUAACUUGCUUUCCUUACGAAAAUGUUGAUUUAAUUCCUGUCUGUGCCAUAUUCUUCCACACAGUAUUUCUUUCAUGAAUGCUGGAUUAAAAUUGAAACAUUCCAUCAGUUGGUGUUUUAUGGCAGAAGUUUGUGUUGUCAGCAAUGUGAAUGAAUGAGUGAGUGAGUUGCUGUUUCACUUUUGGUGGUUUCUUAUAAAAAAAAAAAAAAACCUAUUUUAUGUAAUAUGUGUGAUGGACCUAAUCAAAUAGUGCUCCCCUGCGUGUGGAAGAAAAUGAAUAUGUACAGCGUAUAUGUUUUUGAGCACUGAUUAUUACGGAAAAUAAUCAGUUUCUUUCGUGGCACGAUGAAAUGAAUGUACAUAUGUACAGUAGUUGCAUUUGUUAAGAUUUAAAGUCUUGUGUAAUCUUUAAGGUACGGCCUGCCUUGCCUAAAGCAUGGCUCCUCAACAGCCACUUCAUGUAUACGUAAAAUGUGCAAGCCUGUUGCCAAGAAACUUCUUAAACAGUCUCUUGCUACAAAGUGUCAAUAUCCAUUAUUCGGUGUGGUGUGUGGCACUUGUUGUUUAUUUAUAAAGUUUGGAACCAUGGGUCACAGUGACCUAAUCUCUGUAGUGGCAUAGUUGUUUCUUGGCAGCAUGGCUGCAUCUUUCCAAAGCUAGUUCCUCUAAAUAAGAUGAAAAAAUACCAGGUAUACGCUACAUUUAAGAAACUUGAGAUUACUGUCUGGAUGUAUUUAAUAUAAAUGGUAUACCAACAAAAAUUGUUUGAUGAGCCAUAUUAAAAGUACUAUUUUAAUUAUUGUGAUUAUCUUGUAUUAUAAUCUGAUAAAAAACCUGUUCAAAAGCCACUCAUAUUGUUGAUGGCUUUUCUGUUUGACCUGAAGAGAAACUGCAUUUUGUACUUCUGCCCAUACAUCCAUUUUUUCAUCUUUCUCUCUGACACUAUUAUCUAGUAGUAGUACCUCUUUUCAAAGAUUCAGUAUACUGACGUACACAGUGUUAAAUUUUUACCAUUAAAACCGCCCAAGUUGCUCAGAUAAAGUAUUAUUAAUAACUGUAAUAAUAAUUAAAUGGUUCUCUGUAAAAGUAUACGUAGCUCCAAAGAGAUGGAGAAUCUCUUUGCUGUAUAUUUAGGACUGUAUUGGAAAAAUUUUACAGAAUUGAUGCUUUCAAGUGUUUGCAGACUUUUAAUGGUCAUUGUGCUCUUCAGUCAACUAAAACAAACAGAAGAGGGCCUUGUGUCCACCACUUACCUUGCUGAAAAAUUAACAUGGUGACAGAACUUCCCAUGUGAUUAAAUUGGAAAUCUUUGAUUUACAUUAAUUUUAUUUGUAUUAAUUUUUGUCACUGCCAAAAUGGAAAUAAAUUACUGUUACCAAAAUAAAAAUGAGGAAAACAGUUAAGUGUUAUCAGUUAGUUUUUCAUUUGCUGGUACUCAAAAUAGUUCAUACACUGCAUUACAAAUGACAACUGCUUACAUGUUGUUGAAGAACACACUGUGUGUUUAUUGUCAGCAAUGGAGACACUAGUACAUGAGUUUUGUUGGUCAUCAUGGAAUGCUGUUUCUAAAGCACAGGGAAGUUGUGUCAUAAAACCAGUGUUUUAGCAAUGUGCUAUUGUGAUAGUUACAUAUUCACAAAAGCUUAUAAUUAGAUGUAACAGUGAAAGGUGCAAAUAACUGCAAUAAGAAUGCUAUUGAUACAGAAAAGAAAUUGGCUUUAAAUAAUUUCAUUUAACCAAAUGCCUGUUGUAGGAUGACAUUUUACUUUGAGACAUUGUAUCUCAGCAGACCCAUUUAUGUUACUGUAGUAAUACUAGUGAAGGAAGUAUUAACGUAUGCUGGGCCAAAUACCUUUAUCUGUAAUAUUUCUGUUUUUUAAUAAAAAAAUUGACAGUUGAAAUUGGAUGUGUGGAAAAAACUGUGACUAGUGUGCUAUGCCAAACUAAAAUUGUCUUGAACUUUAGUCCAAGAGUAUACGAUAAUUAUAGGAGAAUUUUCAGUACAAUUGAGAUUAUAAGUAGCCCAUAAGACUAAUUUUGAUAAGUUGUUAUUUUGUGCCUAGAAUAAUGUGAAAGUUUCUUUUGCUGUCAAAAAGUCUGUUGCCACUGUUGAGGUAAUAACUGUCAGAAGUAAAAAUAAUGAUAAUAAUGUAAUGUAUAGAUAACUUUUUAAACUUAUUUUGAAUCUUAUACACUAGAGUAUACUACAAAACAAGUCUUCUAUGCACUAAGGAAACAUAUGGUCUGACAUUAAAAUUUGUGACAUGUUUAGCCUACACAUUCUAAAAUAGACGUAUGUUAUGUGCCAUUGUUAUUUGCCAUGUUAUGGGAGAUCUAACUUUCCUGUAAAAAAAAAAAGUUACGUUUUUAUUGCAUUGUGGCUCUGUGCAUGGCUGUUCAAUCAUCCUUUUUGAAAACUUUAUCUCAGAAUGCUGAUGACAUGUGAAGGAAAUUGGCUUUAAGUAAUUUAAACUAAAUUAAAUGCUUGUGUAGAGUGGCAUUUUCUUCUGAGACAUUGCACACUGGCAGAACCAUUAAUGUUAAUGAAGGGAGUAUUAAUUCAAACUAAAGAAGUCAUCGACAUCUGACGUUAACAAGUGAAAUGUUCUUACAGCUUUUAAAUUGGCAAACUAAUAUACACACCAGACUAUCAGAUGACUUGCCACAAACUGAAGGGGGUUGUCUUGAAAUGUAACAGGAAUUGUACACAGUUUAAAGCUGUAGUGUUUUAAGCCUCAUUAGUAUUAAUUUGUAAUUUCAUAAUUAUUUUUACAACCACUUUGGUGAGAAUGCGUAUUUAAUUCGUACUGCAUGUGCAGGUUUUGGAGUAACUCACUGUUUUAUAUUUAUUGCACAGAAAAACUGUGCAUGCAAAUAUUAUAUAACUUGUAGUGCACUUGUAUUAUUUAAAUUAGACUCGACAAGAAAUCUUGCUACAAGACAAGCUAUAAAUGAUCAAUAAUAAUCGUAAUAAUGAUUCAAGUGUGGUAUUGUGAAUCUGCACAUGUAGGCACCUACUGCAGCAUCUUUGCAAUGUCUGUUACAAAUGGGCAAGCUGAGUAGGGAGCCAUGUUCUGUCCUGUAAAUUGUACACUGUGAAAUAGUUUGAUAAUGAUAAUAUGUCAAUGCUGGAUAUUUUCUAUCUAAUGCAUUGUGGCCAUUUUUCCUCCAAAGGAUACUCCCUCCUUCCUACAUUGAUCAGUAAGUGUGCAUAUGUCAACUUUCAUAGCCGAUUCCACUAGUGGGAAGAAAGGACAAUUAGCUGUUCUCAUCACUCACACACUUCAAAAGCACAGUUACAUUUUUUCCUUCAUUUGCAUUUACUCCAUUACAGACUUCCCUGCUACAAUCAUAACAAAUAUUUUUCAUACAAAUUAUUUUAAAUGGUUCUAUUGUUGGAAUUAUAAAAAUUAAAUUAUUAUUAAUCAUUUCUUUUGGAAGACAAUCCUUGUAAAGAGAAUCUGAAGCAAGCUCAGAGUGUUUGCAGUUUGCAUCUCACCUUGAGAAAACUGCUGGUCAUCACUGUAGCUGAACUACAGUUGUGAUAUUUUUUUACUAACAAAAUUGGGGAUUGCAAUGUGAGGCAAUCUAAUAAGAAUUUUUCAGAAGCAUGAUGGUUAUUAUUUUAUAUCUACUGUUUACCUUAGUCGCAGAAAAAAACACACAUGCAGGAGCCACAAGGACUGAAAAAUUUAUUGCUCUCUUAUCAACACGAAGCAAAACAUUUUAUGCAUAAGUAGGUUAAGAAGCCAUGGUGCUGUUCAAAGUAUACGUACAUUCAAGGUAUAAAGAAUUUGUUAUGUAUAAGAAUGAUUCCGAUCCCGCCAUGUCUUAAUUUUAAGAUUCUAUCUUUGAUAAAAUGUGCAGUCAUUGUGAUUUGUAUGCUAGAUAAUUAGUGUGUAUAUAACACUUUCAUUUGUGUCAUUUUUGUCAAAGUUGAAGGAUUUUGUAAAUGGUAACAAUCUAAGUGUCACAUAACAAUCUUUGAGAGAUUUUUUCUUAAUCUUUUCUCCUGUGCCAUAUCAAAUUAAUUGCUGCUGGGAAGUUCAUUUUAGUUGGUUUGGCUGCUAUUAAUUUAAAUUUUAUGUGAGAUCUAUACCUGUAACUAAGUGCUGGUUAUUAGUAAAAUAUGCUCAUCAUAAGUGUUGAAACUCAGGGAAAAGAAGAUUAAAUUUGCUUUGUUUCUUGGUAGCAGCUGUGAGUUUUGCAGUCAUUAAUUUUUGUGAGGUGACACUACUGAAAAAAUGCUUGAUUUUUUUCAUGUGUGUGUUUGUGUUUGUGUUUGUGUAUGUGUAUGUAUGUGUGGAUGUGUGCAUGUGCGUUACCAUUUACAGAGUGUUUCUUUUGCAGUACAUUGGAUAUAUAUAUAUACGUGUAAUUCAUACCAGUCUGUGAUAAGUGCAUGAAGGGACAUUAACAUAUUGUGAGAUACGUUUCUGAUGGUGAAAUAGUAUGGGAGAGCGCUCUGUCAUUUUAUUUUUAAUAGUCAUUGUAAUUGUGUUUAUGAUGAUAGAUUAAUUUCAUAUAUGCUCUGUAUUUCACAUGCAGUGGCAUAAUUUUGAGAGUUUGUACUUCUCUUAGGACAUUUGUUUUUAUACUUUUUGUUUUAUUUCUUCAUUGAAAACUUCCUAAAAUACUCCUCUUAGUGAAACAGUAUCCUCUUAAUUUUUUCAUUAGUGGACAGUAUUGUAACUGUUACUUUUUUGAAGUUGUGAUUAACAAUUUUGUAUUUAAUGUUGUGAACUCUGUUGUAAACAGAUUAUUGAUUGGUGGACAAGUGAUAAAAUUUGCAUGUCUAUAAUUUCAUCUUUUUAUUUUUCAUCUCUCAUAGGUACAUACAUUCUGAGAAGUGCAUAUAAAUAAUUCAUUCAUGCCACUGAGUUGUUCACAAUAAAUCAGCUUUGAAAUA